AUGGCCGUUUCCGAGCUCGCUUGCAUCUACUCUGCUCUCAUCCUUCACGACGAUGAGGUUACGGUCACGGAGGAUAAAAGUAAUGCUCUCAUUAAAGCAGCAGAUGUAAAUGCUGAACCGUUCUGGCCUGGAUUCAUUGCAAAGGCCCUGACCAAUGUAAACAUUGCAAGUCUCAUCUGCAAUGUAGGAGUUGGUGGACCUGCCCCAGCCGAUGGUGGUUCUGCCCCUGCUGGAGGUGCUGCUCCUGCUAGCACAGCUGUCCCAGCUGAGGAGAUGAAGAAAGAGGAAGCAAAAAAAGAGGAGUCCAAGGAGUCUGAUGAUGACAUGGGCUUUGGUCUGUUUGACUAAAUAUAUUUUUUGAAACAUUAAAUAAAAAGCUUAACUAAAAAAAAAAAAAAA